AAUACAUAACACACAUAAAUAACCAAGAAAACCCUAGAGGAGAAAACAAAAAAUGAUGAUGAAACUGUUGUUGAUAUCUCUCUCUGUUCUUUUUCUUCAACUUCAUCUUGUCCAGACAGCCCGUGGAUUUGAUUUCCACGAGAAAGAGCUCGAACACGAAGACAGUCUCAGAAGCCUGUACGAACGAUGGAGAAGCCAUCACUCCAUUUCCAGACCCACCCACGAGUCAGUGAAGAGAUUCAACGUCUUCAGACACAAUGUGCUUCAUGUCCACCACACGAACAAGAAGAACAAACCCUACAAGCUGAAGCUCAACAGAUUCUCCGACAUGACCCACCACGAGUUCGAGAGCCUCUUCGCCGGUUCCAAAGUCAAGCAUCAUCGGAUGCUCCGUGGACCCAAACGAGGGCAAAGUGGUUUCAUGUAUGAGAAUGUCACCCAUCUCCCUCCCUCUGUCGACUGGAGAGAGAGAGGAGCUGUUACUCCAGUCAAGAAUCAGCGGGAAUGUGGGAGUUGCUGGGCGUUUUCGACGGUGGCAGCAGUAGAAGGAAUAAAUAAGAUAAGGACAAACAAAUUGGUGUCGCUGUCGGAACAGGAGCUUGUGGACUGUGACACUGAAGAGAACCAAGGAUGCAUGGGUGGCCUUAUGGAGGUUGCCUUCGAGUUCAUCCAUAAGAAUGGCGGCCUCACUACCGAGAAAAACUAUCCCUACGAAUCCGACAAUAAUAUCUGCAGAUCCAAGAAGGGAAAUGGGGAAUGGGUUAAAAUAAACGGGCACGAACACGUUCCCGACAACGACGAGGAAGCGCUUCUAAAGGCAGUGGCCCACCAGCCUGUCUCCGUGGCCAUUGACGCCGGAAGUACUGAUUUCCAGCUUUACUCUGAGGGAGUGUUUACGGGGGAAUGCGGGACGCAGUUGAACCACGGAGUGGCAGUGGUAGGGUACGGGGAGAGCGAGGAAGGGAGGAAGUAUUGGAUAGUGAGGAAUUCUUGGGGGGACGGAUGGGGAGAGGGAGGUUACGUCCGGAUAGAGAGAAGCGUCGACGAUAAAGAAGGGCGUUGUGGCAUUGCCAUGGAGGCUUCAUAUCCCAUCAAGUCUCCUCCCUCUGGUCCCAAAGACGAGCUCUAGGAUCUAUCCAUCCGUGUUCUGUUUGGUUUCUGUAAUAAGAGGGACGAAGUGGCUUAGCUUAACAGAUUUGGUUUCUGUUUGGGAGAUGGGUUUCUAAUAAAUGUCUUUGAAACGAGGGACUAAAAUAUUAUAUUCAUCAAGGGAUAUUAUAUAUA